UAUUACGAAAAGGCAUUCGAAAAACACAGAUUGCGAACAAUAAAUCCUAUUUCAUUGAGCCAGUGUUAAGGUUAUUGUUUCUCAUUCCCAUACGCAACUUCUACAUUCUUGCCUCUUCUCUCUUUUCAAUCAUCAACUUAUUUAAUCACUUUUCCAUCCUCAAUCAAUUAAUUUCACCUUUUUAAUCGACUCAAUGACGGGUUUUUAGCUACCAAUAAGUACUAACUCUUAUUCUUAAGGUUCCAAGAAGGAAGAAGGUUAAAGACAUUAGAUUUCAACAUAUUGGACCUGGAAUUGAUUCAUUUUCAUCAAAUCAAAACACUUUCUUGGUAUGAUAUUAUUAUUACAUGGGGAUGUCCAAAGACAAUGUAACAGGGCUUCUUCUAGCUCUUUCUUCAAGCGUUUUCAUUGGCUCUAGUUUCAUUAUUAAAAAAAUGGGGCUAAAAAAAGCUGGCACCACAGGGAAAAGCGCAGCCACUGGAGGGCAUGCCUACUUGUAUGAACCUUGGUGGUGGUUUGGAAUGAUCUCAAUGAUCGUUGGAGAAAUCGCCAAUUUUGCGGCUUAUGCAUUUGCACCUGCAAUACUUGUGACUCCUUUAGGAGCUUUAAGCAUCAUUUUCAGCGCAGUACUAGCUCACUUCAUCUUGAAAGAGAGGUUGCACAUUUUUGGUGUGCUUGGAUGUGUUCUUUGUAUGGUUGGAUCUACAACUAUUGUUUUGAAUGCUCCGCAUGAAAGAAUUAUUCACUCUGUUAAGGAAGUAUGGCAGCUUGCAACAGAACCAGCAGGUUUUAUUGUCUACACUUUAGCAGUUGUGAUUAUGGUUUCUGUCCUCAUUAUCUAUUGUGUUCCAAGAUAUGGUCAGCGACAUCUAGUCGUAUAUGUUGGAAUAUGUUCUCUCACCGGCUCACUUACGGUUAUGGGUGUGAAAGCUGUGGGAAUAGCUAUGAAGCUUACAUUUGAAGGCACAAAUCAAUUCACUUACUUUCAAACAUGGUUCUUUACUUUGGCUGUGAUAGGUUGUUGUCUCUUGCAGAUCAACUACUUGAACAAGGCCUUGGACACCUUUAACACUGCGGUAGUAUCACCAGUUUACUAUGUCAUGUUUACAUCAUUUACCAUCUUUGCCAGCAUGAUCAUGUUUAAGGAUUGGGCCACACAAAAUAAAUCACAGAUUGCUACUGAGUUUUGUGGCUUUGUGACAAUUUUAUCAGGGACAUUUCUCCUUCACAAAACAAAAGAUAUGGGAGAUAAACCAACAGAAAACUCUUCUUUGGAUCGAGCUACUAUUAUUAAUAAUACAGACACAUGAAAGCCAUAGAUUUAACAUAUAAGCAAGACAACAAUGGUCUUUCAUUUUUGUUCAUAAGCUAAACAGCUUUGGAAAAAAAUAUGAUUAAGUUUUAUGCUAUGGUCUUUCAAAGAGAAGAAAGAUGAAAAGAAGUGAAUGGCAAUGUCUCUGGUUUGAACAAGCUUGUAAUGUUGAAAAAGGAAAAGUGGAAAGUAUGAUGCUGAUGUAAAUGAUUACAUGAAGCAUUUAUGAAAAAAAUUCAGAUUAAAAUGCUUGGAUUUAGAUUCUGGUAGUUUUUUUAUCUUUUCUUUUUUUUAAUAUUGCCUCUCAUAAUUCGCAUGUGGAAUUUUGAAGAGGUAAUAGCCAAGAUGUAAUGUUCAUUAGUCUUAGAGAAUGAUUUGGAAACCUUUGAUAGUUCCAAUUAUGGUCUUUUCACGUACUUCAAUCUCAUCAUCCUGAUUCAUGAAUUAAAGGAAACUUCAAAAUAUUCAUUUGGUUGCA